AGACCCAGCGGAAGCUGCCGGAAGCUGCGCUGCGGCUGGCCGCGGCGGGAUGGAGAAGCUAGGGGUGGAGCUCGAGGAAGAAGGCGGCUGCGACGAGGAAGAGGACGCGGCUCGAGCCAUGGAGCAGGCGGAGGCGGGGGCGGCUGUCAGCUCGCCGGCUGUGCCGGGGCCAGCGGAGCCGGGUGGCCUCCCUUGCUUGGUGCCAGCAGGAAGUCCUUCGUCCAGAGUUAUAAUACACAUGGAUCUGGAUUGCUUUUAUGCACAAGUAGAAAUGAUCUCAAAUCCGGAACUGAAGGGCAAACCUUUAGGGGUUCAGCAUAAAUAUUUGGUGGUUACCUGCAACUUUUUUGCUAGGGAACUCGGAGUUAAGCAACUUAUGAAUGUUAGAGAUGCAAAAGAAAAGUGUCCACAGCUGGUAUUAGUUAAUGGAGAAGACUUGACUCGUUACAGAGAGAUGUCAUAUAAGGUUACAGAGUUGUUGGAAGAAUUCAGUCCACUUGUUGAGAGACUUGGAUUUGAUGAAAAUUUUGUGGACCUAACGGAAAUGGUUGAGAAAAGACUACAGCAGCUUCACAGUGAUGAAAUUUCAGCACUGACUGUGUCAGGCCACAUAUAUAAUAAUCAAUCUAUAAACCAGCAUGACAUCUUGCACAUCAGACUACUUAUUGGAUCUCAGAUUGCAGCAGAGAUGCGGGAAGCCAUGUAUAAUCAGCUGGGUCUCACUGGCUGUGCCGGAGUGGCUUCUAAUAAAUUAUUGGCAAAAUUAGUUUCUGGCGUCUUUAAACCAAAUCAACAAACAGUCUUAUUACCUGAAAGUACUCAGGAUCUCAUUCAUAGUUUGAACCAUUUAAAGGAAAUGCCUGGUAUUGGCUAUAAAACUACCAAACGUCUUGAAGGGCUGGGUAUCAGUAGUGUGCAUGAUCUUCAGACCUUUUCAUCCAAAAUAUUAGAAAAGGAAUUAGGAAUUUCAGUUGCUCAGCGUAUCCAGAAGCUCAGUUUUGGGGAGGAUAACUCUCCUGUAACACCCUCAGGACCACCUCAGUCCUUUAGUGAAGAAGAUUCAUUUAAAAAAUGUUCAUCAGAAGUCGAAGCGAAAAGUAAGAUCGAAGAAUUACUUGCUAGUCUUUUGAACAGAAUCAGCCUAGAAAUGAGACUAGGAAAUUAUGACGUGAUGACUCCAAUGGUUGAUAUACUUAUGAAACUUUUUCGAAAUAUGGUGAAUGUGAAGAUGCCAUUUCAUCUGACCCUUUUAAGUGUGUGCUUCUGCAAUCUUAAAGCACUAAAUACUGCUAAGAAAGGGACUAUUGAUUAUUAUUUAACGCCAUCAUUAUCAACAACUUCACGCUCUGGCAAGUGCAGUUUUAAAAUGAAAGACGCUCAUAUGGAGGAUUUAUCCAAAGACAAAGAAACAAAUUGGGAUUUUCUACCAACUGGAAGAAUCGAAAGUACAAGAACUGGGGAGUCUCCACUAGAUACUAUAAGUUUUUCUAAAGAAGAGGACAGUGAUGAAUUUCCACUUUCCUCACUUCCUGAGGGUAUUGACCAAGAAGUCUUUAAGCAACUUCCAGUAGAUAUUCAAGAAGAAAUUCUUUCUGGAAAAUCUAUAGAAAAAGUUCAAGGGAAAGGAAGUUUGAGUUGUCCCUUACAUGCCUCUAGAGGAGUAUUAUCUUUCUUUUCCACAAAACAAAUGCAAAAUAAUCCCUUUAAUUCUAGAGAUCAUUUAUCCAAUAGCAAACAGAUACCCUCUAUAUCUCCCUGUGAACCAGGAACAUCAGGCUUAAAUAACAGUAGUUCCUCUUAUCUGUCUAGCCAAAAGGAUUAUUCGCAUUAUUUAGACAGUAGCUUAAAAGAUGAACGAAUGAGUCAAGGACCUAAAGAAUCUCAAGGAUUCCACUUUUCUAAUACAAACCCCUCUGUAUCUAUUUUCCAUUCAUUUCCAAAUUUGCAGAGUGAGCAACUUUUCUCCAAAAAACACACUACAGAUAGCCAUAAGCAACCAAUAGCAACAGUCUCACCUCAUGAAGGACUUCCAGGAAAUGGAGAGCAAGAUUCUACUGAUGAGAAAAUUAUUCUUCCUUCUGAUGUCGAUCCUGAAAUUUUCUAUGAGCUACCAGAAGAGGUGCAAAAAGAACUGUUGGCUGAUUGGAAGAGAACAGGGUCAGAUUUCCACAUUGUACAUAAAUAAGCGUGUUCAGAGCAAAAGGUCUAAAAAGCAAGGGAAAGACUGUUGUUCUCAGAUUAGUAGUUUAUUAAGCUCCUAUAAAUUAAACACUAAUAGAUAUGCAAUAAUGUAGAAAUCUAAUAUAAAGUGUACCAAAUAAAGCAAGAAUAGUUAUGGGAAGUAAAUUCUGGCACAAUGUAUAAAAAAUUCAUAACAGAAGAAAUAAUGUAAAAUACUACUUUCCUCUUGUUUCUAAAACUAUUUUAUAUUGCUUUUCAAUAAAAAGAAUAUCAUGGUCA